AUGGACAUACCCGAUAUUCCAGAUGACCGUCCACACAAGACAAGCUCGGUGCUCUCCUACGCGCCGACGAUUGUUCUUGAUGAGGCUGCGCAGGAUGCGGAGCUUCGCGAUAACCCCCUCAGCCAGGACCUGCACGAGGUUCCCAAUGGCACAAAUCAAACCGUUGACGGAAAAUUUCAGCAGCUUGAUCUCAACGGCGAUAACUAUCUUACUUCACCCAGUUCACCAAGUGACCUAAACUCGAAAACCUCCCUGAAGUCGGUUCGUCGCAACUUCUACAUCAAUGAACUUCCGCUUCUCCAGGCGACAAACCCGUACGAUGGAUCCGACCAAUUCAAUCCAUUCAAUGAGGGAAGCGAAGACGGCUUCUCUUACGAUCUCGUGGCGCCGUACGAGGGCGACAUGCCUCCUCUCCACGGCCUCGAGCGCCAAGCUGAUGCAAUGUUCUCGGCGGAGCAUAUGCUGGUCAUCCUCAACGAUCCGCGGUACUUGGCACGCUUCCGGGAGUUUCUUGUCGUGGAACGCCCAAGGUCAAUUCCGACCUUGACUUACUAUCUCAAUGCCUGCAAGGCACUGAAAGCUAUUCAAUAUGCCAACGCGCUUGUACGACUAUCGGUCGAUGUGCCGACGGCCGGAAUAGAGACGGCCCAGAAGCCUGUGGGGUUCACGACGAAUUCCGCCCUUGAAGUUCGCGUGCAGGACGCGCUGAACGCUCUCACAGGGGAAGAGUUACCCGCUUUUAUUACUUCUACUUGCAUCAAUAUCACUAGUAAGGUAGUCGAGGAGCGAGUGCGAGGAACACUCCCCGAUAAGUUCCAAGGAAUGUCCGACGCGUUGGCGGAAGUCUUUUGCCUAACAGAUCCGUCACGACCGGAUAAUCCCAUUAUUUUUGCUUCGGGAGAGUUCCAUCGCACUACACAAUAUGGCAUGGAUUACGUGCUUGGGCGAAAUUGCCGGUUUUUGCAAGGCCCAAAGACAAAUCCCAAUAGCGUACGACGCAUUCGAGAAGCUAUUCAUGAGGGUCGUCAUCAUUCCGAAUUGUUCCUCAAUUAUCGUCGUGAUGGCUCCCCUUUCAUGAACCUUCUGCAAUGUGCGCCGCUCUGUGACAGUCAAGGCAAGAUUCGCUAUUUUAUCGGUGCUCAAAUCGAUGUUUCUGGGCUGGCAAUGGAAGGAGCACAGAUGGAAUCGCUUCAAAACUUGAAAUUGGAAAAAGAUGUAUCUGAAGAAACUGACGAUGCGUCUGGGCGAAAGCCCCUCCCAACAAAAUCAGAAUUCCAACAACUUGGAGAAUUAUUCAGUCCCCGUGAGCUGCAGAAUGUGCAUAACUACGGUGGUAACUUGUUCCAUCCAGUCGUGGAUAAACUCAACUCAACAAACAGUCGAUUAUGGCUUCAAAGUCCCGAAAAUGAAGCAGAGAUUAGACUAGGUGGAGUUCAGUCGCCUAUUUCUACUAGAGGCUCCUUAACCGGUGUAUAUAAACAUUAUCUUCUUGUUCGACCAUAUCCCUCCCUUAGAAUCCUUUUCACCUCGCCUUCUCUCCAGAUCCCGGGCAUGCUACAGUCCUCUUUCCUUUCACGAGUCGGUGACACUGGGGAAAAGCGUGACAGGAUUUUACAUGCUAUGAUGGCAGGUCGCAGUGUCACGGCACGGAUUAAGUGGGUGACACGCUUUAGCGACCAAGGUCGACAUCGAUGGAUCCAUUGUACUCCGCUAUUGGCGAAUAAUGGUGAAGUAGGUGUUUGGAUGGUGGUCGUGAUUGACGAUGAGGAUGAACAUCUUGUACAAUGA